CCCGAGCAGGCGCAGUGUGGGCUAUCACUGGAGCUGCAAGGAACGGAUAGGAAGUGAUCGAGUGCAAUUGAGUAAUGGAGCCGGUGGCUGGGGUACUGGAAGUGAAGGAUUGACAAAUAGGAAACUCAAACCAAACAUCACAUCAAGAUCUGACAGGCACUCACAUCAUCAGAACCUGAAUAUCAACAGCAUCUGAAUGUGGAAGGGGAGGAUUUGCAGUCGGGAAACUGAAACCAAACAUCACAUCAGAAUCUGAUGGAGUCUCUCAAUUUAUCAGGACGGGAAUGUCAUCAGCCUUGGAACAUGGAAGGAAAAAGCACCGUUCACGCUGGUGAGAAAUCCUAUAAAUGUGGGGACUGUGGGAAGGGGUUCAAUUACUCAUCUCAGUUGGAAACUCAUCGGCGCAGUCACACUGGGGAGCGGCCGUUUAUCUGCUCUGAGUGUGGGAAGGGAUUCACUCAGUCAUCCAACCUGCUACAACACCAACGAGUUCAUACUGGGGAGAGGCCAUUCAGGUGCUCUUACUGCGGGACUGGCUUCAGACGAUCGGGUGACCUCACCACACACCAGCGAGUUCACACCAGGGAGAGGUUGUUCACCUGCUCCGUGUGUGGGCAGGAAUUCAAUCAUUUUUCUGUCCUGUGGACACAUCAACGAGUUCACACUGAUGAGGGAGAGUUUAAAUGCUGUAACUGUGAAAAGAGCUUUAAAAGCCCACGUUCACUGAUGGAACACCAGUGCAUUCACACCGGUUCCACGCCAUUCAGCUGCUCUGAGUGUGGGAAGAGGUUCAGGGGAUCCUCCACUCUGCUGAAACACCAAUGCACUCACAUCGGGGAGAGGCCGUUCAGCUGCUCCAAGUGUGGGAAGGGAUUCACUCGAUCAUCCAAUCUGUUGAGGCACUGGCAUGUUCACUCAGACGAGAGACCUUUUAAAUGUCCAGAUUGUGGGAAGUGCUUUAAAAGGUCUGAGAAACUGACGUCCCAUCGACGUAUUCACACUGACAUGAGACCGUUCACGUGUUCUCACUGCGGGACUGGGUUCAGGCGUGCAGGCGACCUCACUGCACACCAGCGAGUUCACACUGGGGAGAGACCAUUCACCUGCUCUGAGUGUGGGAAUGGAUUCACUCGUUUAUCUCAUCUCACUACACAUUACCUUGUUCACACAGAUAUGAGACCUUUUCAAUGUUCUGACUGUGAGAAGCGCUUUAAAAGCAGAAAUGACCUGAAAAGUGAGAUGAUGUUUGCUACCAAGGCUAGGAGAGACACUUUGGAAGGUAUGGGCAGCUGGGACUUGUCCAUGAGAGUAACCAAAGGUCUGGGAACUGAAAUAAUCCAGAGUGAUGAUGUGUUAGAUGAAAAAGUGAAACUCUUUCCACAGAUGGGGCAGUUGAAAGGCCUCUCCCCAGUGUGA